GUGAUGACCCGGGGCGGCGAGUCCCUGGCUAACGUGCUCGGAGCCGGCUACCGAGUGGAGUUUCCCCCUAGCCCACAGGCUUCAUGGCGGCACAGCCAAUGUCCCGGGUUCUGCGGCGGGUCCUGACGUCCAGCGUCCGGAGCUGCAGCUCUGGGGCUCCGGUGACGCAGCCCCGCCCCGGGGAGCGCUCCCAACCUGCCCUGGAGGAGCCGUCCAGGCGGAGGCAGUUCCUGCGGGAGCACGCGGCCCCCUUCUCUGCCUUCCUCACCGACGGCUUUGGCCGGCAGCACAGUUACCUGCGGAUCUCCCUCACUGAGAAGUGCAACCUCAGAUGUCAAUACUGCAUGCCAGAGGAGGGGGUGCCACUGACCCCCAGGGCUGACCUGCUGACCACAGAGGAGAUCCUGACCCUGGCCCGGCUCUUCGUGAAAGAAGGUGUAGACAAGAUCCGGCUCACGGGCGGAGAGCCGCUCAUCCGGCCGGAUGUGGUGGACAUCGUGGCCCGGCUCCACCAGCUGGAAGGGCUGAGGACCAUCGGCAUCACCACCAAUGGCAUCAACCUAGCCCGGCUGCUGCCGCCGCUUCAGAAAGCAGGUCUCAGUGCCAUCAACAUCAGCCUGGACACGCUGGUGCCAGCCAAGUUUGAGUUCAUUGUCCGCAGGAAAGGCUUCCACAAGGUCAUGGAGGGCAUCCACAAGGCCAUCGAGCUGGGCUACAGCCCUGUGAAGGUGAACUGUGUGGUGAUGCGAGGCCUGAAUGAGGAUGAACUCCUGGACUUUGUGGCCUGGACCGAGGGACUCCCCCUGGACGUGCGCUUCAUAGAGUACAUGCCUUUCGACGGCAACAAGUGGAACUUCAAGAAGAUGGUUAGCUACAAGGAGAUGCUGGACACCAUCCAGCAGCAGUGGCCAGAGCUGGAGAAGCUGCCCGAGGAGGAAUCCAGCACAGCCAAGGCCUUUAAGAUCCCUGGCUUCCAAGGCCAGGUCAGCUUCAUCACGUCCAUGUCUGAGCAUUUCUGUGGGACCUGCAACCGGCUGCGAAUCACAGCUGAUGGGAACCUCAAGGUCUGCCUCUUCGGGAAUUCAGAGGUGUCGCUACGGGAUCACCUGCGGGCGGGGGCCUCCGAGGAGGAGGUGCUGCGCAUCAUCGGGGCGGCAGUUGGCAGGAAGAAGCGGCAGCACGCAGGCAUGUUCAAUAUUUCCCAGAUGAAGAACCGGCCCAUGAUCCUCAUCGAGUUCUCCCUGAUGCUCCAAGAUUCCCCACCAGCCAUUCCGAGUGUCUCCUUGAGGGGCUCCCUCCGUGUCCAGGGUCUGAGACACAGAGUGAGUUCCUCCAGCCAGAUGGUGACUUUGUGGAAAGGAUGCUGGGUCCCCCAGACCCCUCUCCUGGCCCAGCGGUGGCUGGGGUCUGGCUUCCCUCAGAGACAUCUCAGUUCUCAUCCAGACUCAGAUGCCGACCCAAAAAAGUGCCUUAGCCCAGAGCCCCGGGCUCCUGCCACCCCCUCAGGACCUCUGCCGACCUCAGACCAGCUAACCCACGUGGACACGGAAGGCCAGGCUGCCAUGGUAGAUGUGGGAAGGAAGCCUGACACAGAGCGGGUGGCCAUGGCCUCAGCCGUGGUCCUCCUGGGGCCUGUGGCCUUCAAGCUCGUCCAGGAGAACCAGCUGAAGAAGGGAGAUGCCCUGGUGGUGGCCCAGCUGGCAGGCAUCCAGGCGGCCAAGCUGACCAGCCAGCUGAUUCCUCUGUGCCACCACGUGGCCCUGAGCCACGUCCAGGUGCGGCUGGAGCUGGACAGCACACGCCAUGCCGUGGUGAUCCAGGCAUCCUGCCGGGCUCGGGGACCCACUGGGGUGGAGAUGGAGGCCUUGACCUCGGCCGCUGUGGCCGCCCUCACCCUGUAUGACAUGUGCAAGGCUGUCAGCAGGGACAUCGUGCUGGGUGAGAUAAAACUCGACAGCAAGACCGGGGGUCAGCGGGGGGACUUCCAGCGGACCUAGAGCUCCUGCCCUGCGCACCCCAGGCCCAGCGAGGUCGAGAGAUGGGAUGCAGUUUCAGCUGAGGGAAAGACGUCAAGUUCCUUGAACCCCAUCACCGUUACCCGUCAGCUGGUAGGAACCCCUACCGUCCACCCCUUUCCUGCUGGAUGACCUCCUCUGACCUGCGAGGUCUCCUUUAUUCGGAGAGGAAACCGGCGGGCCCUCCCCCUCCCAGGACCUAGGGGCUGGGAGGGGGCCGCAGCGAGCUGGGCUGGAUCACCGGAAGCCCCCACCAUGUGUUCUGUGGCCUCUCAGACACCCUCAGUUCCAGACGGUGGAGCCCGCAGCUUCCACUGUUCGCGUGGGUUUUCUCUUCUCCCACUUCCCCAGGGAGAACAAGGGCUCAUGAAGCAGAGGGACUCACUCUACACGGGAAGGCGGCACCCGCACCGAGGAUAUAUGGUGCCUGCCCUUCAGCAGCGGCGCUGCCGUCCUUCCUGUGUGUGUGCAGUCCCUCCCCCAGCUUUCUCUGAAAGAGCCAGGUGUCCCCUCCUGUCAUCUGAAUCCGUCCCACCCCAUCAGAUGUGCAGGCAGUUAGCUGCCCAUCCUGCCACUUUCCACUCCUCGGGCCCCUCUCCUAAGUGGAUCCACGGGGGCCACGCCGGGAAGCCGCCUACCCCAGCACAUCUCACACCCACCACCCACACCCCUUCGUCCUGGGACCCAUCGGGGAAGGAAGAACGUUGAAGAUCACCUUCACCCUCACAGCGCACAAAAUAAAGCCACUGUGCCAACCCUGGA